AUGGCCGAGAUACUAACGGAGCAACUUGACGCUCUCAGAGACGAAAAUCGUCAUCCUAAGAAAUCAAGACAUUCGGCUACGGAAGACGGUAAGCAGGAAGAUGGCUCCCAGGGCAAAGCAAAGCUGCCCAAGGGAAUGGUUUUGGGUAAGGACGGAAAGCCCUGCCGCACCUGCGUCUCAAUCUCCGACUGGCGCGCCCUCAUGAAAAGCAAAUCCCCCACCACCACUACCACCACUCCCGCUCCCUCCUCCACAACAACAACAACGGCGACAACAACAGCCGCUCAAAACCAAGCCACCUCCCUACCACCAGACUGUCCGCCCGACGUUGAAACCCUAGGCCGCAGCACCUGGGCCCUCCUCCACAGCAUGGCAGCCACCUACCCAACAACCGCCACGCCUCAACAACAAAACGAUAUGCGCGGCUUCCUCGCGCUUUUCGGCAAACUUUACCCUUGCUGGACAUUAUUUAUGUAA